AUGGGGGCGUUUUUGAAUAAGCCCGAGACUAAGAAAUACAACGAGACCGGGGAAGGAAAUGGUCUUCGCUAUGGCGUGGCGUCGAUGCAGGGUUGGCGCGUUGAGAUGGAGGAUGCGCAUCACGCGCAGCUGACUCUGAAUGGUACUCUAUCGGACUGGUCUUAUUUCGCGGUGUUUGACGGACAUGCAGGGGCACGGGUGUCUGCGCAUUGCGCGGACAAUCUCCUCGAAUGUAUCCUUCAGACGGACGAGUUCCGGCGCGAGGAUAUAGCCGAGGCGAUUCGCGCCGGCUUCCUGGACUUGGACAAGAAGAUGCGGGAGCUGCCGGAGCUGUCCAAUGGCGAGGAGAAAUCUGGCUCGACGGCCGUGUGUGCGUUUGUGUCCCCCAAGCAGAUAUACAUAGCGAACUGCGGCGACUCCCGCGCAGUGCUCGCUCGCAACGGUGUGCCGAUCUUCGCGACACGAGACCACAAGCCGGAGUUACCGUCGGAGAAGUCGCGUAUUGUUCAGGCUGGUGGUUCAGUCAUGAUACAGCGUGUCAACGGGAGCUUAGCUGUGUCUAGGGCACUAGGCGACUAUGAGUACAAGAAGGUGGUGAACCGUGGCCCUUGUGAGCAGCUCGUGUCUCCUGAGCCUGAGGUUUCUGUUCAUGAGCGGAAUGAGGUUGAGGAUGAGUUCUUGGUGCUGGCCUGCGAUGGUGUGUGGGAUGUGAUGAGCAACGAGGCGCUGUGUGCAUACAUACACUCACUGCUUCAGCUGACGGAUGACCUUGUGGCUGUGACCAACCAGGUCAUUGACACCUGCCUGUAUAAGGGCAGCAAAGACAACAUGAGCAUCGUGCUGGUGGUGUUCCCCUCAGCGCCGAAGCCGAACGCCGAGGCCCAGCGUGCUGACCGCGAGCUGGACGAGACACUCCGACAGAGGCUCACAGCUUUGAUAGAGCGCAGCGCCGGUAACGAGGAGCGCGAGGACUCGUCGAGUCACUUCUCCUGGGUGCUGAAGCAGCUCGUGCAGGAGAACAUACCGGGCCUGCCACCGGGUGGCGGGCUGGCUGCCAAGCAAUCACUGCUGGAUAAAAUAUACAGGGAGUUCUAUCCGGACCACAUCGACAGCUCGGAGACGUUCGACUGUCAGACGGAACUGGCCGACGCGUUCAGCGCUAACUAA